AUGAAGCUGGAGCCAUCAUUGGACAGCAUGAGUGAGUGGCGGGAGGCUGACUUCUCUCAGCACUGCACCUACAUCGUGCCCGACCAGCCGUCAGAGGACGCGGCCUUCAGCGGGCUCCCCAGAGCUAUGACCUCCAUCCCACGCAACCUCACCUUUGAAUACAGCCCAGAGAACGAGAUCACAGGCGUGUUCAGCAAGGAGUAUAUUCCCCAGGGGACUCGUUUCGGCCCCCUGCAGGGAGACAUCUACACCAAAGACAGCGUGCCCCCCCAGGCCAACAGGAAGUACUUCUGGAGGAUUUACUCCGGUGGCCAGCUGCUUCACUUCGUCGAUGGCUAUGACGUGCGACGCAGCAACUGGAUGCGCUACGUGAACCCGGCCCGCUCGCUGGCCGAGCAGAACCUGGUGGCGUGCCAGGACGGCCAGGACGUCUUCUUCUACACCAUGAGGCCCGUGGAGCCCCAGCAGGAGCUGCUGGUCUGGUACUCGCCCGAGUACUCCCAGAGGCUGUGCAGCCAGCAGCAGCAGCAGCAGCAGCAGCCACGGAACCGGGACCAGCAGGAGCAGGAACAGCACAUCAAACACAAGCACUUGAUUGACUCCGCAAAGAGCCUCAGACCUCACUGGGGCCUCACUGUCAAGUCUCCACCCAGCCCUGCAUGGUCGGGAAGUGACCAGGAGGACGGGAAGAACAAGGUGGAGAUGGAGGAGGAGGAGGAAGAGGAGGAGAGAGAGGAGUGUGACGAGAAGAUCGACGUGGUCGGCAUUCUAGAACGAGACACCCCGCCGGACACGCCAGAGGACCAGCAGGUCAUGGACUUCAGCAGGAAGUCCGAGAGGGACGGAGAGGACGAGGACAACGACACAGAUGCUGCCACCAUCCCCUCUCCCCGCCCCGACUCCAGGGAUGCCAGCCUGGGUCAUCAUCGCGUCUUCCAGGGGACCCCCCCUUCAGCCCCCGAGCUGCCCCUGCACCUGCACGGCCUCUACGGGCACCACCGCGAGGGCCUGAACGCCCCCUACCCGCUGUACCCAUCUCCCAGGUCAAUCCCACAGCUGUCAAACCCGCUGCUGCCUCCGUACAACCCCCACCACCACUACCCCCACCACACGCCUCUGCUGCUGCCCCAGUACCCCUCCCCAUACCCGGGGCUGAUCCCCUCCAGAGCUCCCCUGAGGUACGGCUCCUUCCUGGGCGGUGGCGAGGGUCUACCCUUCCCCCCUAUGUCCCAGCCUGGGAUGCCAGCCACCUUGCCCUAUCCUCCACCACCACACGGUGGGCUGAAGGAGCGCAUGCCCAAUACCUCUCCUCCCACCGGAGCCCCCGCCACUCCGGAGCUCUCCCCCGUCCCGCUGCAGGACUCUACACAGGAGUUCCGCAUCACCUCAUUGGGAUGUGAGGAGGCCAUCAACCUGAGCCUGGCCAAUGGGGGAAAGAGCGGUGGCGGUGGUCAUGGUCCCUCGCCGCCCCCUCGCAGCCGUGAGUCCCCCGGCUACAAGGCCCUGCCCUACCCGCUGAAGAAGCAGAACGGCAAGAUCAAGUACGAGUGCAACAUCUGCCUCAAGACCUUCGGACAACUCUCCAACCUCAAGGUGCACCUGCGCGUUCACAGCGGGGAGAGACCCUUCCAGUGUAACCUGUGCAAGAAGAGCUUCACGCAGCUCGCCCACCUCCAGAAACACCACCUGGUGCACACAGGAGAGAAACCGCACGAGUGCCAGGUGUGCCAUAAGCGGUUCAGCAGCACCAGCAACCUGAAGACUCACCUGCGUCUGCACUCGGGGGAGAAGCCGUACCAGUGUAAGCUGUGCGACACCAAGUUCACCCAGUACAUCCACCUCAAGCUGCACCGUCGGCUGCACAGCGCCGCCUCCGCCCCCGGCGCUGCCCCCGGCUGCAUCUCCGCCCCCACUGAGGGCCCCCACCGCUGCAGCCUGUGCGAGGCGGCUUUCCUCCACCCCCCCAGUCUGCAGCUCCACCAGCGCCUCUGCUGCCUGGCCCCUUCCUCCGCCUCCUCCUCCGCCUCCAUCACAGCCUCCUCCAGUGACCAGCUGCCGCCCCUUGCCGACCUGCGCACCGUGGGCCUGCUCCUGGAGCGCUUUGACGGGAGCCCCGAGGCGAUGGCCCUGGCACGCAGCUCCGCGUUCGGCCGGCGUGACGGCGAGGACGCGCUGGAGUGCUGGCUGGCCGCGAGCGUGGCGGGUAGCGUGGCGGCAGCGUCCGUGGCGGGACGGGGAGCCGAGGGGAAGGAGGACCGGGGCCGGGGCGGCGCAGAGAGCUCUAUGCGCCUCCUCCAGGCGCUGGUCGGUAAGCGGGGCGGCUCCCCCACCACCACCGCCCAUGCCACCUCCCAUCAUCACCAUCAGCAUCACCAGGAGAGAGCCAGCGUGGUACGGUUCAACCCCCGCCCCCCCACGGUGAUCAAGACCGAGGCGUGACGUCAUAUCAUGGCGGUGGACUGAUUUGCAGACUUUAUUGAAAAACUAUAAAACUUUCUAUGAAAAAAAAGUUUUAUAGUGCUUCAGAUUAGCGACCUAUGGGCUAUCUCCCGACACCUGCCUGCUGAGCUGUGCAAAAACAAUUGUACAUCACGGACGUUACUACGUAAAAUGAAUGACUGAGCUGGAGAACAUGAAGAGACUUGAUUGAGAGAGAAUGAUUGUUUUCCUCAUCACAACGACGAGCCAUGCCAAAUACUAAAGCAAGCGAAAUGUCUGUCUGUCUGUCUUUAUGUUUGUAUGUAUGUAUGUCUGUCUUUAUGUAUGUAUGUAUGUAUGUAUGUAUGUAUGUAUGUAUGUAUGUAUGUAUUUUGUAGCUCUUUCUUGUGAGGAAAAGAGAGAGAGAGAACGAAACCAAAUCGGGAGCGAAAACCAAACUAUGUGAAAUUUUCCAAAGAUGGCAGAGACGGGCUUAUUCCAGCUUCCAACUCUGGCACUUUUCUGCUAUUUUAUACUUAACUUAUUGCUUUGAGGUGUUUCUUUUGUUUGUUUGUGGUUGCCGUCAUUGCUGGUGGCAAUCUGUUGUUAGUUCUUCUGGUUAUGCUUGUUUCUUGUUUCUUGUCACAUGAUCUCAGGCACAGGAGUAUGGGUAAUUCUCAGGAAUAGAAAAAGCAAGGCAUGCCAGUGUGUGUGUGUGUGUGUGUGUGUGUGUGUGUGUGUGUGUGUGUGUGUGUGUGUGUGUGUGUGUGUGUGUGUGUGCGUGCGUGCGUGCCUGCCUGCAUGAAUGCGUGUCUCGCCUUGCAUAUCAAUGACAGAGGAAGGGAAGUGUUUCAUUUUCUGAGUUUAACCAUGCGACCUGAUGUAGGCCAACUUGAUGCACUUGCAUUAGCUCUUUCUUUGUUUGUCUCAGGUGACAAUCACUAGAUGAAUGAAUAAUAUUUGCAGGACCAGUACGAUAUAUGUACGAGACAUUUAAUUUAUUAAGUUCAUUCUGUAAUGCAUUCUAAACGGUAGCAGCUUGUGACAAUGCACUGAACAAAUUGAUAUUUUUGGUUGGAUGACUGUGUUUUUGUUUGUUUAUGUCUAACUUAAAAAAAAGCUUUACAUAUUUUUUAUAUAUGACGAUACAUGAUGUCAUCUGGAGAAUAUAGGGACUUUCGUGUUUUUUGGGGGAAUAAAAGUACAUCCCUAACGUUGUUACUCUAUGAAUCUCAGGAAUGAUAUUAACCAAAUUAAAAAAAAAAUAAGAACAAGAAGAGGUAAGAAGAAGCACAGAUAAAAAAGACAGUCAAUGCAUGUAUGUACCUCAAAUUAGGUUUUCAGAAUCUCGACUCUGGGAAAUGAUAUUUGUGCCGGGAAAGCAGAAACCAUAUACUGUUACAGCCUCUGUGGCACUACCGAAUAACAAACAUGUUCUUCAGGAAUUAUUACUGCAAAUGGGUUGUAAUUUAUUGUAGGCUAUUUUGUUUUGUCGCUUACUUUUAAUGUAGCUUAUUUUUGAACUCAGUUUACAAUAUAAUGUCUUUACUUUCUAUGUGAUAAAACUUAUUUUCAUUAAACAUUUUUGUAAGAAAAUAUCAA